AUGCCGUGCCUGGAAUUUGAAGGCGGAGGAACCAUUGAAGGCAUCAACGAGCCACAUGUGGGACGCACGUCGGCCAUCGCGAUUGGGAUUCAAAAAAGCAUCCACACAUGGCUCCGCCACAUAGGAUCACCCUCCCCUUAUGCCAAUCACUGGAAGAUAUUGUUUCUAGUGUUCGCAUUUAUUGCUCGCAUGCGAAGGAAGAAACCGGCGCAGGCAUUCGAAACUACACCUCAAGCACCUAGGGGACCGAAUACUAGCGAAAGCUCCAUGAAAACGACCGUGGACUAUGAGAUUUAUACUGUUGGCUGGAUCUGUGCAAUUCAGGCAGAACUUGUCGCCGCUCUAGAAAUUCUUGACGAAGAGAUCAUGGAACCUGUCCCAGUAUCACGGCACGAUGGCAACAGUUACACGCUCGGAAAAAUUGGAAACCAUCAUGUUGUUGUCGCCGGGCUACCUCGUGGGCAGUAUGGAGUCGCCAGUGCUGCAAAAGCUGCAAGGGAUAUGGUCCGCACCUUCCCCAAUGUGAGGGUUGGCUUUAUGGUCGGUAUCGGUGGAGGAGUUCCCACACAGGGUGAUAUCCGUCUCGGUGAUAUUGUGGUUGGGUCAAGUUCAUACGGAAGUGGUGGCCUCCUUCAAUACAACCAUAAAAAAACAAUCAAGGAUAGAGGUAUGGACCUCAUUGGAGACUUGAAUCUGCCACCUGUCUCUGUGUUGGGAGCGAUUUCCAAGCUGGCCGCAUAUCAUGAAAGAAAAGGACACAAUUUGAACCAGACAGUUGAAGACGUGCUGUCAAAGAACCCGAGGCUCAUUGAACGAGGAUUUCAGCGACCUCACGACAACACAGACAGGCUUUAUAAAGCCAAAUUUACCCACCCAUACCACGGAGCGAAAUGUUCGGAUGCAUGUCCCACUUCAAAUCUGGAGAAAAGAGUCCCACGUAUGGAGUACGAAGAUAACCCAAAGAUCCACUACGGUCUGAUAGCGUCUAGUAGCCAUUUGAUGAAUGAUGCCGUUACCAGAGACGAGCUUGCUGACCAGGAAAAUGUGUUAUGUUUCGAGACGGAAGCUGCCGGCUUACCUUACCACUUCCCUUGUGUGGUUAUCAGAGGCAUAUCCGACUAUUCCGACUCUCACAGGGGUCGUGAAUGGCAGGGCUAUGCAGCACUUGUCGCCGCAGCCUAUGCAAAACAGUUACUUCUACAGAUUCCUGCCUGGAUGAUCAAAGAAGAGAAAAGAGUGAAGAUCAUCCUGAACGAGCUUGAUAAGAAGCCGGUGCCCAUGUCUAAGACAAAUAAGGCUACUGAAGGCUUUGAUAGAAACACAAAGAGGGAAGAUGAGAUGAGAAUCCUUGACUGGCUCAAUGCGAUUGAUUAUUCUUCCAAGCAGCAUGAAUUAUUGCAGCCUCAACAACGCCAACCAGGAACAGGCCAAUCCUUCGUAGGUUCAGAAAGAUUCCAAGCAUGGCUUAAGUCCGAUGAUUCGGUGCUCGUCUGUUGUGGUAUGCCUGGAGCAGGGAAAACAAUUACCACAGCCAUCGCCAUUGAGUAUCUGCAGUCAAGAUUCAAGGAUGAUCCUACAGUAGGCGUGGCAUACGUCUACUGUAGUUAUCAAAAGAGCCACCAGCAAAAUUCCCAGGAUGUAUUCACGAGCUUUCUAAAGCAACUCGCUUUGCAUCAAUCACGUUUGCCAACUGAAAUACACAAACUCUACGAGAAGAAUGACAAUGGAAACAAAACACCGUUAUUUGAGGACAUUAUUACGACUCUCCGCGAUGUUAUGAAUUCAUUUUCAAAGACCUUCAUUAUAGUCGACGCGCUAGACGAGAAAGACUCAUGGGAGUCAUUCAUGUCAGACAUGCUUGAAUUGAGAGGGCAGACAGCGGCAAACAUUUUCAUUACUUCCCGCCCGAAUCUGAGCCUGCAAGAAAAAAUGCAAGAUUUCUUUAUAUACGAUAUUCAGGCUGAUGACGAGGAUAUGGGUCUGUACAUUGACCAACGGGUGAAACAGAUGAUGGUGCUCAGUGAUCAAAACACAGAAUUGUCAGACAAAGUGAAGCAAAACUUCCGAAACCUCAUCAGAGAGAAACUGAAUAAUGCCACGAAAGGAAUUGUGGACGAGGGGCUAUCGGAACUUAAGGACGAGGAUCUUGUGAGCACCAACAUAACCCUCCAUGUAUGCAUGGACCUUGUCAAGAUUGAGGAACGGUCAGACACCGUCAGCUUGCUGCAUUAUACGACUAUGGAAUACCUGAAGGCUAACCCAAACCAUCUUCUCUCUUUGGGGUCUUCCGAUGACCCAAAGUUCAUCGCUAAUCCAUCUGACUCAGAGAUCGAGAGAAGCAUGGCCAGGGGACACUACGAGACGACAAUUGCCACAGCUUCCGUAACUUAUCUCUUAUUCGAGGGAUUUAGAACAGGACAAUGUGGUUCCGAAAAGGAACAUAGAUCUCGACUCCGCGAGCAUCCACUUUACUCCUACGCGGCCAGGAACUGGGGAUAUCAUGCUCGUAAAGGUGGUCCAUGCAGCAAAACAAUUGAAUUUUUGAAAAGCGAGACUCAUGUGAAGAGGGAAACGAUGUCCCUUUUGAGCCGUGGGAUGGAACCAGAUGUAAGAGAUGGAUGGGGCCGGACACCGUUGUCGUAUGCCUCCGAAAGAGGGCACGUCGACGUAGUAACGCAACUUCUCGACUUUGGAGUUGAUCCAGAGUCCGAAGGCGAUUGGGAGUCCCACGAUCUCCCAAGAACAGCACUGUCGCAUGCAGCAAAGAAUGGUCAUGCAGGGGUCGUCAAGCUAUUGCUCGAAAAAGGAAGAGUCAGACCUGACUCAAACCCAUCGGUGGUAGAAGGCCGGCCCGAGCGAACUCCACUAUCCUUCGCUACAGAAGAUGGACAUCAGGAUGUGGUAAAAAUACUGAUCGAUGCGCAUGAGAUAGCGCUAGACCCAGAGAGUCACAUUUCAUCAACUCCAUCACUCCAUGCCACGCAGUCGGCCUCAGCACAGCCCUACGAGCGUAACACAGCGGCUGAAAGUUCCAAUAUCACCCUAUAUGCGACAGGGGUUCAGACACCAAACAGUCCCGCGAACAUUUCUCGGGGUUACUCAGCGGCGGUUAACAAACUUGUUGAUGAGCUCUUUUCUUCCCCGGAUAUCCCUCAAACUGUCCCACAGUCCCAGUUCCUGAGUCCAGAUACCAUAGUGUCGCCGAGUCCAGCCGCAGGUCCCAGCAACUGGUUCACGAGCCCGUCCCAGAUUUCCUCUGCAGGUCCUGGCUCAUCAGCUGCCAGCUAUUCCGCCGGUGAUUUCCCAAUCCCUGACAUGCUCCUAUCCCCCGACUUUUCAAUGCAUCCGAGUCCUGUUACCGAAGCCACCGCCGUCUUGGGCCCAAACCCCUUCUCUGCUAACUGUCCUGGUGUCUUCUUCGACCCUUGUGCUCCGCCAUCCGAUCAAGAUUUCCACACCGACCAAGGAUACAUGGGCCCCUAA